ACAACGCCCCGUCCCGCCCCCGGCCGCCUCCUCCUUCCUUCGCCCUCUCGGGUUACAGAAAAUUGGGGUUUUUCCUAGAGAGUUGGGGAGAGUCAGCAAUUUGCUUACAAGGAAACCAGAAAGUUGGCGGCGUGUGUCAACAUGGCAAACCUGCUGAAAACGGUGGUGACCGGCUGCUCCUGUCCUUUACUUAGCAAUUUGGGGUCCUGCAAGGUUCUGCCUGGGAAAAAGGAUUUUUCCCGAACAUUUCAUAGUCAUCAGGCACUGUGGUGUAAAGCCCCUGUGAAACCAGGAAUUCCAUAUAAGCAGCUGACGGUUGGUGUUCCCAAGGAGAUUUUCCAAAAUGAGAAGCGGGUAGCGUUGUCUCCUGCUGGCGUUCAGGCCUUGGUCAAGCAGGGCUUUAAUGUCAUUGUAGAAUCAGGAGCAGGCGAAGCAUCCAAGUUCUCGGAUGAUCACUACCGAGCCGUGGGUGCCCAAAUCCAAGGGGCAAAGCAAGCCCUGGCUUCCGAUUUGGUGGUCAAGGUGCGAGCCCCCAUGGUUAAUCCAGCAUCAGGUGUCCACGAAGCUGACCUUUUAAAGACAUCAGGAACGUUGAUAAGUUUUAUUUACCCAGCUCAAAAUCCAGACUUGCUAGAUAAGCUUUCCAAAAGAAAAACGACAGUUGUGGCAAUGGACCAGGUUCCCAGAGUGACCAUCGCUCAGGGUUAUGACGCCCUGAGUUCCAUGGCCAACAUUGCUGGUUACAAGGCCGUUGUCCUCGCAGCAAAUCAUUUUGGACGGUUUUUUACCGGUCAGAUUACAGCUGCUGGAAAGGUUCCUCCAGCUAAGGUUCUGAUAGUUGGUGGCGGCGUUGCUGGGCUUGCCUCUGCAGGUGCUGCAAAAUCCAUGGGUGCGAUCGUUCGAGGGUUUGAUACGAGGGCUGCGGCUUUGGAGCAGUUCAAGUCUCUUGGUGCUGAACCCUUGGAGGUGGACUUGAAGGAGGCUGGUGAGGGCCACGGGGGGUAUGCGAAGGAGAUGUCCAAGGAGUUCAUUGAGGCUGAGAUGCAGCUGUUCGCUCAGCAGUGCAAGGAGGUGGACAUCCUCAUCAGCACGGCGCUCAUUCCAGGUAAGAAAGCUCCAGUUCUGUUUAACAAAGAAAUGAUCGAGUCCAUGAAGGAAGGCUCGGUUGUCGUGGACUUAGCUGCUGAGGCUGGAGGGAACUUCGAAACCACGAAGCCAGGAGAGCUGUAUGUCCACAAGGGUGUCACUCACAUCGGCUACACCGACCUUCCCAGCCGGAUGGCUACUCAGGCCAGCACUCUGUAUUCGAACAACAUCACCAAGCUGCUGAAGGCCAUCAGCCCCGACAAGGACAAUUUUUAUUUUGAAGUGAAGGACGACGUGGACUUUGGUACAAUGGGUCAUGUCAUUAGAGGAGCUGUGGUGAUGAAGGAUGGUGAAGUGAUUUUCCCAGCUCCCACACCGAAAAAUAUUCCUCAAGGUGCCCCAGUGAAACAGAAGACUGUGGCUGAGCUGGAGGCCGAAAAAGCAGCUACGGUCACCCCGCUCAGGAAGACAGCAGUGACGGCCUCUGCGUAUACGGCAGGCCUCACUGGGGUCCUGGGCUUGGGCGUGGUGGCUCCCGACCUUGCCUUUUCUCAGAUGGUGACCACUUUUGGCUUGGCUGGCAUAGUGGGGUACCACACUGUCUGGGGAGUGACCCCCGCCCUCCACUCGCCCCUGAUGUCGGUGACAAAUGCCAUCUCAGGCUUGACUGCGGUAGGAGGGCUGGCACUGAUGGGCGGCCAUCUGUACCCCUCCACGACCUCUCAGGGCCUUGCUGCCCUUGCUACGUUCAUAUCCUCAGUCAACAUUGCAGGUGGCUUUCUGGUGACUCAGAGAAUGCUGGACAUGUUCAAGCGCCCUACAGACCCCCCGGAGUACAACUACCUGUAUCUGCUCCCUGCCGGCACCUUCGUCGGGGGCUAUCUGGCUGCCCUCUACAGUGGCUAUAGCGUUGAACAAAUCAUGUACCUGGGCUCCGGCUUGUGCUGUGUCGGUGCCCUGGCCGGCCUUUCUACCCAGGGAACAGCUCGUCUUGGCAACGCAUUGGGCAUGAUCGGGGUUGCCGGAGGCCUGGCUGCGACCCUCGGAGGCCUAAAGCCCUGCCCAGAAUUGUUAGCACAGAUGUCUGGCGCGAUGGCGAUGGGCGGAACCAUUGGGUUGGCAAUUGCCAAGCGCAUCCAGAUUUCUGACUUGCCCCAGCUGGUUGCUGCUUUCCACAGCUUGGUGGGCUUGGCAGCUGUGCUGACCUGCGUAGCUGAGUACAUCGUAGAGUACCCCCAUUUUGCCACGGAUGCGACUGCAAAUCUCACCAAGAUUGUGGCUUACCUUGGCACUUACAUUGGUGGUGUCACUUUUAGUGGGUCUCUUGUUGCCUAUGGAAAACUGCAAGGUAUCUUGAACUCUGCCCCUCUCCUGCUACCUGGAAGACACGCACUCAACGCAGGCUUGCUGGCUGCCAGUGUGGGUGGAGUAAUCCCCUUCAUGGUGGACCCCAGUUUCACUACGGGCAUUACGUGUCUGGGCUCUGUGUCAGCCCUCUCUGCUGUCAUGGGCGUGACUCUGACAGCUGCCAUUGGGGGUGCUGACAUGCCUGUGGUCAUCACUGUGCUCAACAGCUACUCAGGCUGGGCGCUGUGUGCGGAGGGCUUCCUGCUCAACAACAACCUGCUCACCAUUGUGGGGGCCCUCAUCGGCUCCUCGGGCGCCAUCCUGUCCUACAUCAUGUGUGUGGCCAUGAAUCGCUCUCUGGCCAACGUGAUCCUGGGAGGCUAUGGCACCACGUCCACCGCGGGCGGGAAGCCCAUGGAGAUUUCGGGCACGCAUACGGAAAUCAACCUCGACGGUGCGAUCGACAUGAUUCGAGAAGCUAACAGCAUUAUUAUUACUCCAGGCUAUGGUCUCUGUGCAGCUAAGGCGCAGUACCCCAUCGCUGAUCUGGUGAAGAUGCUCACUGAGCAGGGCAAGAAAGUCAGGUUUGGAAUCCACCCAGUUGCAGGCCGAAUGCCUGGGCAGCUUAAUGUACUGCUGGCUGAGGCUGGGGUGCCAUACGACAUUGUGCUGGAGAUGGAUGAAAUCAACCACGAUUUUCCAGACACUGAUUUGGUCCUUGUGAUUGGAGCUAACGACACAGUUAACUCAGCAGCUCAAGAAGACCCCAACUCUAUUAUUGCGGGCAUGCCAGUCCUUGAGGUGUGGAAGUCGAAGCAGGUCAUCGUCAUGAAGAGGUCUUUGGGUGUUGGCUACGCUGCGGUGGAUAACCCCAUCUUCUACAAGCCCAACACAGCCAUGCUGCUCGGCGAUGCCAAGAAGACAUGUGACGCACUGCAGGCAAAAGUUAGAGAGUCCUAUCAGAAGUAAAUACUGCCUGUCGCGCUGGCGUCCAGUACCGCUGCCUCUGUGGGGUAGCACGUGGCUGACGCACAUCUCUAGCAAGCCACCUGGAAGAAGGAAGACUGAAGAAAGCCUAACAGGGAAAAUUUUCAAGAGCAGCAAUCCCUUGAUUUAAAACAGAUUGAAAAUUCUAGAUGUCUCUCUGUGCUUAUUUCUUCUGUAUUUGUGAAGCAAAACUUUUUUUUUUUUUUGAAGCAAAACUAUUUUAUAAAGGAGAAAAAGCAACUUCAUUUUAGAUGUGAUCCUGUUGGGCUUUGAAAUUAUCCUUCAGUAUCCAGAAAUGUUUGCAGAGGUGGAUGUUUAGGCUUUCAGGACUUACGUUGUACUUGGGUCUGAAAAGUAGAACAGUGUAAGCACUGUAGGCACCUGCAUUUGUGUUUUCAGCAAACAACUAAUUGAACUUCUGUCAACUCCUGUGCUGUCUCUUUGCAUUUCAGCAAUGGUCAAAAUUGGUUGUACCUAAUUUGUUUCAAUUUUUCAAAGUGUACUUCAGAUUCUAGAUUUCCAGGGUAUAUUUUCUCACUUCUAUUUUAAUACAUGAAGGGACUAGAUAAUCUUUCAACAGUGACAGAAGCAAAUGAUUUUCUUUGUAUGUUCAGUGAAACAUAAAACUUGAAAAUAUUAAUUGUAUUUUUUAAAACUCCAUUUCCAAUUGGAGAUCUCUGUAAUUUCAAUCAAUUUAUAAUGUGUAGUAUAUUAAAUACAUCAGUGCCAUUCAACCAUUUGAUUAAUAAAGCAAGUUUAUCAUGUUUUCAUAUGA